AUGGCUUCUCGUUUGGGCGACAAGAAGACUCUCCGCAUCGGUGUCAUGCUGGAGGAGGUCCAGUUCAGCGACAUCGUGGGUAUUGACCUAUUCGGUAACCUCUCUCUCGAAUACUUCAACAAAGUCAAAAGCUUUGGUCAGGACAUCUCCGCAUUUGACGGUCACGCACCAGAUACGACCUUCUACUACAUCUCCUCCACUCUGGAGCCCGCGAACACGACAGCAGGCUUGAGAUUCGUCCCCAACAUCACUUACGAUGACUGCCCCCGCGAUCUUGACCUUGUCCUCACCGGUGGCCCGCUGCCCACCCACCGGCCCCCUCAGGCCGAGCGUUUUAUCAAGGAAGCCUUCCCCAAGACCCGUGUCUGGUUGACAACCUGCAUCGGCUCGCCCUGGUUGGCCAGUGCCGGUGUUCUUAAGGGAAAGAAGGCCACGACGAACCGUGAGUUCUUGGACUUUGCGAAGAUGGUCCACCCCGACACGGAGUGGCUUGACCAGCGAUGGGUGAUCGAGGAAAAGGAGUAUGAUGGUGAGGGCAAGGGUGAACUCUGGACCGCGGGCGGAGCUGGAGCUGGCAUUGCCAUGAUCAUUGCGUACUUGAAGCAGAACUUUGAUCCUGCGUACGUGACCAAGUUCGCGGUCGAGGGAAUCGCACUGGAAGAAAUUGAGCUCAACCAGUUCUACAAGACGGAGAAAGCCUAG